AUGACAGAGGAUAAUGUCACGGUUCAUGGAUCUUCUUUUUCUGAAGAAUCCUUUAUAGAACAUACGCUUGGAUCACGUCGCAAAUAUCCAGAACCAGUCAGUCAAGUACAGGAUGCACCUGCUAGGUGUGAAUUGCAACAGAUUCAACUGGUUACUCGUCACGGAACAAGGUAUCCUACAUUCGACUGGUACUCGAAAUUCAGACAGUUGGAAUCACACUUUGAGAAGCACCACGAGGUAUUGAAGAAGAGACACCCAUACCUCGCUGCAUGGAGAAUGCCAUUUGAUGACGAAAUGGAAGGUCAGCUUACAGAAUCAGGAUUGGAAGAGAUGCGUCGAAUGGCUAUUCGUUUGAAGAAACGUAACCCAACGUUCUUCGCAUCUUUAAAACCUAUGGAUGUAGUCGCAAGGUCGUCAAACAAGAGUCGAACUCUAAAUAGCGCAGAUGCUUUUAUAAAGGGACUGUAUGAUGGAAACCAUACGUGUCAUGUAGAAGUCCUUGACCGAAAACGGGAUGCCGACCUCGUGCCAUGGGAAUCCUGUAAACGCUACCGUAGGGUGCACGAUAGUAGGACACCCAGUAUCGACAGCCAGACUCCGAUCUCGGCGAACUUGAAGCACGCUAUAGAUCAGAAGGAAAUCGAUAUGGAAAGGCCUCGUAAAGGAGAAUAUGCCAAAUAUAUUGACGAACAGCUGCCUAGGAUAGUCAAAUCGACGAGCAAAAGGCUAGGAAUACCAUUAACAACUGAACAUGUACUCAACAUGCUCGAAAUGUGUGGCCAAGAAGUGACCAUUUUCAACAUGUUUGAUGGAUUUUGUACUAUAUUCGAAAGGCACGAAUUCUUGGUCCGUGAGACUGCAGAAGAUAUAGAACGAUAUUACAGUUUUGGAUAUGGAUUUGACAUCAACUUGGAUAUGAUGUGUAGUCUUGUAACGGAUUUGUUGGAAUCUGCUAAGCAUGCGGAGGAAUAUCCGCUCCUGCUACGGUUUACACAUGCAGAAGCUAUGGCGCCAUUAGCUGCAGCUCUGGGCUUCUUCAAAGAUCCACCUCCACCUCUCUCCCAUUCGCAUCGCCCUCUAUCAAGAGCCUGGCGCUCAUCCUUUAUAGCACCAUAUGCAGCCAACCUAAAACUGGAAACAUAUAAAUGUCAUCAUCACGAUGUAGUCAGGCCAUACGUACGAAUCUUGUGGAAUGAAAGAAAUCGAUUCCCUAAACUAAAGAUACCAGGCUGUGAGUCUAAAGGGCUAUGUCCACUGGAUUCAGUGCUUCACGUAUACGGAAAGUACAUGCACUGCGACUUCGACGCAAUGUGUGGUAAUGAAAAGCCUAGCUCUGGAGGGUGGAAUCGUUGGAAAUAG